UGUUUCGAGAUAAUAUUAUCAAUAAAGACAUUCUCUGUGGGACCUGUAGUCAGACCACAUUGCCCAAACAGCUAACUGACUUCUUCAGCUACAACCACCCCCAGAGGAUCAAAGAAGUAACUGAAUUGAUGUUGCUGGCUUGCAGACAUUCUAAAAGCACAAGCCAGAGCAUUUUAAAGAAGCUUUAGUCAUUUACUGACUCACUUGAAACUUUUUCUAAGGAAACGUUCUUCUGCUGUUUGGCCCUUUCCUUGUCGGGAAAAAAGACGCAAACACACUGAAAUCUUAAAACUACUGAAGCACAUAGUCAUCGGUGGCAACAUAGAACACUUAUUCACUUGAAAGAAAAAGAGAAGACCCGACUUGGAGGCAAUGAACAACAAGGAGCAGACCGCAGAGAUCCUGUUGUCCCUAUCGCCUCUGGAGGUUGGUGAGCUUAAAGAAGGAAUCAAUUUUUUUCGGAAUAAGAGCAGUGGCAAAAACUACAUCUUAUACAAAGAUAAAAACCACCUUCGGGCAUGCAAGAACAUGUGCAAACACCAAGGAGGAUUGUUUAUAAAAGACAUCGAAGAUUUAGAUGGAAGGUCUGUUCGUUGUACAAAACACAAUUGGAAGCUGGAUGUGAGUACCAUGAAGUACAUCAACCCACCAGACAGUUUCUGUCAGGAGGAACUGGUCAUUGAAAUGGAUGAAAAUAAUGGACUUUUGCUAAUAGAACUGAAUCCUCCUAACCCUUGGGAUGCAGACCCUCAUCCUCCUGAGGACUUAGCUUUUGGAGAGGUGCAGAUAACAUACCUCACCCACGCCUGCAUGGAUCUCAAAUUAGGAGAUAAGAAAAUGAUAUUUGACCCUUGGUUAACUGGUCCUGCUUUUGCUAGAGGAUGGUGGCUGCUUCAUGAGCCUCCCUCGAAUUGGCUAGAGAGGCUGUGCCAAGCAGAUCUCAUUUACAUCAGUCACAUGCACUCUGAUCACUUGAGUUAUCCUACUCUGAAGAAGCUUGCUGACCGAAGGCCAAAUAUUCCUAUUUAUGUUGGAAACACAGAACGGCCUGUGUUUUGGAAUCUGAAGCAGAGUGGUGUACCAUUGACCAACAUUCAUGUGGUGCCAUUUGGAACUUGGCAGAAGGUAGAUAAGAAUCUUCGAUUCAUGAUCUUGAUGGAUGGUGUUCACCCUGAAAUGGAUACUUGCAUCAUUGUAGAGUAUAAGGGUCAUAAAAUCCUCAAUACAGUGGAUUGUACUCGACCUAAUGGGGGGAGACUUCCUGAGAAGGUUGAUCUGAUGAUGAGUGAUUUUGCUGGAGGAGCAUCUGGCUUUCCAAUGACAUUCAGUGGUGGAAAGUUUACAGAGGAGUGGAAGGCCCAGUUCAUUAAGACGGAGAGGAAGAAACUCCUGAACUACAAGGCCCAGCAGGUGAAGGACCUACAACCCAGAAUUUAUUGUCCUUUUGCCGGAUAUUUUGUGGAGUCCCACCCAUCAGACAAGUACAUUAAGGAAACGAAUACCAAAAAUGACCCAAAUGAACUCAACAACCUCAUAAAAAAAAUCUCUAAUGUUUCUACAUGGACCCCUCAGCCUGGUGCUGUAUUAGACCUGGGGAGAAUGUUGAAGGAUCCUACAGACAGCAAGAGCAUCAUAAACCCUCCAGCGGGGACUAAGAUUUAUAAAGAUUCUUGGGACUUUGAACCAUACUUGCAAACACUGAAUGAUGCUAUAGAAGAUGCAAUAUUUCUUCACUCAUCCUGGAUAAAAGAGUACUUCACUUGGGCUGGAUUUAAGAAUUACAACCUUGUGAUCAGGAUGAUCGAGACAGAUGAGGAUUUCAACACUUUGCCUUCAGGAUACAACUAUCUUGUUGAUUUUCUAGACUUAUCCUUUCCAGCAGAAAGACCAAGCCGGAAUCAUGCAUAUGAAGAAAUAAGGAGCCGGAUUGGUGUUAUCAGGCAUGUGGUAAAGCAUGGGUUGCUUUGGGAUGACUUAUAUAUAGGAUUCCAAACCCGACUUCAGCGUGAUCCUGACAUUUAUCAUCAUCUGUUUUGGAAUCAUUUUCAAAUAAAACUUCCCUUAACACCACCAAACUGGAAGUCUUUUUUGAUGCAACAAGGAUAGACUACUCCAUAGAAUCUCAAGCAAUAUGAAAUGCGAAGAAUUUACUGAUAUUACCUCCUUGAAGAGCCUACUACAGGAUGACACUAGUCUUACCAUGAAGCAAUUGAUAUUAUCAGUAAUUGGUUAUCAUGCUUUAUAAUUUAUGUGAUCUUUUUCCUUCUUAUAUACAUACUGAUACAGCUGACAUUGACCAAUCCAAUGCUUCGCCAAAAUGUCAGUCUCAAGAAUUUCUUGGUUAUUCAAUACUCUGUUCAAAUAUUCAUGAGCCAGAAAGAGAAACAACGCCUAUUGAAAACAAUUAGAUAAAUUAUUGAAAAGCAAAUCGUUGAAUUCCAUUUAACAAACAUGUAUUAGGGGCGGCUAGGUGGCAGAGUGGAUAGAGCCCUGGAUUUGGAAUCAAGACGUGAGUUCAAAUCCAGCUGCAGAAACUUACUGACUGUGUCAUCCUGUGCUGGUCAUUUAACCUCUUUCUGUUUGUCUCAGUUUCCUCAUCUAUAAAAUGGAGAAAAAAAAUAGCACCUAGCUCCUAGGGUUGUUGUGAAGAUAAAAUAAUAUUUGUAAAGCAUUUAGCACAGUACCUGGCAUAUAGCAGGCAUUUAAUUAAUGCAAUGCAACUAAAUUCAAUUCAGUAAACACUUACAGGGUGCAAACUCCCUCCUAGACACUGAAAGUGAGACAAAGUGAAAUGUAUGAGAAGUAGAAGAAAGGAGUUCAAUAAUGGAUCCAAGAAUGGGGUAGAGGUGAGAAGGAAAAACACAAGAGAGUAGGGAAGGGGACUGAGAGCAAUUCGAUAGAAGUUAUACAUAUUCAAUCAUCGUAUGAUUUUUAAAAAAAUUAUUUAAUAUUUUAUUUUUCCCCAAUUACAUGUAAAAACAACUGUAACAUUCAUUUUUAAACUUUUGAGUUCCAAAUUCUCUCCCUGC